CUCUCUCUCCUGAAGCAGAUCCUCUCAAACAGACUCCCACGUACAAACACGCACAUACACACUACAGCCGAAAAUCCCCUAUUUACGAGGGAAGAGGAGUGUGAGGGUUGCUUUGUGCGCUUUACUGAGUGGAAUUGCGGACUGUUUGUGGAGUUUUUGGACUGUUUUUGUCGUGUUUAAUCCUCCGAGGUAAUCUGGGAAUGAAAGAGAUGCGCUCGAGCGCUCACUGGACUUUCACUCUGUGAGGAUCAAACAGGUGAAAACUGCAGGACAAUACAGUAGAGAUGAGUGGCGAGUCGAGACCGGGGGUGGUGACAACCCCUCCACCCCCGAGCGCGGGGAAACGGGAGGGUUACUUCGACCGCAUCAAUGAAAAUGACCCCGAAUACCUGCGUGCACGCAACAUGUCACCUGACCUGCGACAAGACUUCAACAUGAUGGAGCAGAAGAAAAGAGUCACACAGAUACUACAGAGUCCAGCAUUUAAAGAUGAACUGGAGGGAAUGAUCCAGGAACAGAUGAACAAGGGGAAUAACCCAGCAGGACUGCUCGCUCUACGGCAGAUCGCAGACUUCUUCAUGACCAGCUCCUUAGCCGGUUUCUCCACCUCCCCCCUCAGUUUGGGCAUGGUGACCCCAAUAAACGACAUGUUCAGCAUGGAGUCCAGUACUAUGGUGAAGGGAGAGAAACAGACCCGCUGCAAACUGGCCAGCCUCUACAGAAUAGUGGACCUGUUCAGCUGGGCCCACUUCACAAGCUGUUACAUUACAGUUCGUGUCAGUAAGGAACAGGAUCACAUCCUCAUCAUCCCCAGAGGGCUGUCCUUUGCCGAGGCCUCCGCGUCCAAUCUGGUAAAGGUGAACAUUCUCGGUGACGUGAUCGAUCAGGGCUCCACCAACCUGCAGAUCGACCCGGCCGGCUUCAGCCCUCACGCUGCCAUCUACUCCAUGAGACCCGACGUGCGCUGCAUCAUUCACAUACGCACACCGGCCACUGCUGCUGUGUCGUCUAUGAAGUGCGGCCUGCUGCCCAUCUCUCAGGAGUCUCUGAUCCUCGGUGACAUUGCCUACUACGACUACCAAGGCAGUGUAGAUGAGCCAGAUGAGCGCGUGCAGCUCCAGAAAGCCCUCGGACCGUCAACGAAGGUGUUGGUUUUAAGGAAUCAUGGGAUUGUCGCUCUCGGGGAGACCAUUGAAGAGGCCUUUCACUACAUUUACAAUGCUCAGUUGGCCUGUGAAAUUCAGGUGAAUGCGUUCUCAUGCGCUGGAGGAGUGGAGAACCUGAUCUUGUUGGAUCUGGAGAAGUUUAAACCUCGUACACAGGGGGUGGCAGAAGCCGGGGUCAACUUCGGCUCCCAGCACAAGUGGAGGGUGGGCGAGCUGGAGUUCGAGUCGCUCAUGAGAAUGCUGGACAACCUGGGUUACAGGACAGGCUACACGUACCGGCACCCCAUCGUGCGGGAGAAGCCGCGACACAAGAGCGAAGUGGAGAUUCCCGCGACAGUGACGGCGUUCAUGUUCGACGAGGACGACACUCCGCGUUUCCCUCUGAAGUUGCUGCAGCAGCGACAGCAGAGAGAGAAAACACGCUGGCUCAAUUCACCCAACUGCUACAUGAAGGUGAACGUGUCGGACGGGGCUAGCGAGGAGAACGGACGCACCAAGACCAUGUGGAUGAAGUCAGAUGAUGGCGGUAACGCUAGCGGGACUCCGAUCCGCAUCGAAGAUCCCAACCAGUUUGUUCCGAUGAACACAAACCCCAGUGAAGUUCUGCAAAAGAGAAAUAAGAUUCGCGAGCAGAACCGGUUUGAUAUGAUGACAGCAGGGCCGCAAUCACAGCGGCUGGCAGGGAUUGUGGUGGAAAGACCGCCGGGUCAGUCGCCAGUUAAGCCGUACAUGGGCGAUUGCGAGGACCAAAUGGUCCCUCUUCCUCCAAACCCCUUCAGCGAGCAGAUCGAGAAAGAGAUGAACGACUACCAGAAGAGAGUAGGAUUAGACGAUGAAGAGCAGCUCACGUCAGACGACGCGUCCACGCUCUCUCAGUCAGUGUCUCCUCACAACACUCCAGCCAAAGAAGAGAACCACACCGGCGUGAUGCUGAACGGCAAAGACGGGCACGGCGACGAGGACGAGCUCAUCAAGCGCGUGAGUCAGCUGACCACCAGCGUGGAGAGCGUGGAGAUCGAGGUGCGCUCGGGAGAGAAGAUCGAGGAGGCUCUGACGCCCGAGAGCUCGCCCUCCAAAUCGCCCAACAAGAAGAAGAAGAAGUUCAGAACCCCGUCCUUCCUGAAGAAGAGCAAAAAGAAAGAGAAAGUGGAGGCCUAGAGGAGAGAGAGAGAGAGAGAGAGAGCCCACCUCCUCUGUCCUUCUGUUUGUCGUUUUGUGUUUGAGUUCGUUUUUGUUGAGGUUAUGUAUAACAAAAACAUGGUUAUAUUGGGAGUCGGUGAAUAGAUGGAGUUACAUCCGUUUUUCACGUGAUCUUAAGAUGAGUUUUAUACAGGAAGAGAAGCGAGGGAAACUCCUGGGAAACUGGCUUCUCUCACCUGACGGACUGAAAAUGUUUCUGUACACAGUUUCCUAAUGAUUUUAUCUCGUUGAUGAGCCCAUACUGCAUUGUUUUUAUUUUUGUUUUCAUAUUGUAUGUUUAUUAGAUUCUCACACAGAGCCCCUUUUCCAUCCGCCACGUCAUCCCUCGUGGUGUCGGUUCUGCUUGUGCUCGUGGGUGGACGGCGGGCGUGAUUGGUUACACUACACAGGAAUCACACUGGAAACCGUUCUGGGGUUAUUUUAACAGGGUUUGUUUUAUUUGCUUCCUCUCAGCUGUGAUUGUCGGUGUGAAAUUGAGCAGCGCGCGUGUGACGCUCCUGUGUAGAGCCGCUCCAGCCUCCUCUCCGUACUGUUCUUUGCCAAAUAGCAUAAAAAGCAGAGCAAUCACGUUUUAGUGAACUGUAAUUUUGGUUUCGUGAACAUCCACUCUUUAUCUCUAAUGAAUCAUUGUAGCUUUUUUUUAUUAUUGUUAUUGAAACGAUUUAGGUUUUAUCCAUUCAGUUUUGUACUCGUUUCUAUACUUUAACAACGUAAAAAAAAAAAAAAACCUUGACGCAUGUUUUGCUAGCCUGAAUUUAUAUGGCUGAUAAUGUAGCGGUGCCUGACUCCUUCUCAGUCGUGUAAUAGCUCAGAUUACUAAACACGUGUAACGGAAAUGUAUGAAAACUGGAGUGAUGUUAAUGAUAUAUAUAUAUAUAUGAUAUUUUCGUGCUGCACUUUUUAAUGUGGUGUACAUAACAAAAUGUGUCCGGAUGAACUCGGCAGGCGAAAGAGCGAUAGAGGCGCGAUACGAAAACAUGAGAAAUGUCUUGAAAAAGGGUGGAGAAGGGAAACUUGUUAACAUAUAAGAAACAAUAUAUAUUUCUAAACUGUAUUUUUGAACAAAUAUCUUUGUCCCAAAGCUCUCACGGCGUCUACGGUGGGUUCAAAUCUAUCUCAAAUCUACUCUGGGCCUUUAUAGUGCUCCGGAUGACGACAUCAUUCAUUAUGCCACCUUGUUAUGACCAUCCAACUGGCUCAAAAGUCUCCAAAGCAUCAGUGUCCGUAUGAUUUCAUGAGAAACGGCAUUGUACAGUGUGUUUUUGUCUGUCUGAAACUGGAUUGAUUUGCUCAUCUUCCCUGCGCCAGAUGUAAGCCGUGAGUUCAGAGGUUGCUCGUCUGGCUUGUUUUGAAGCGCCCUGUCCCAUGAGACACCACAAUGUGGACAGAAUGUACUGCGUUUCGCCAAAAGCUAAUCUCUCAUGCUUAAGAUUAGCAGUUUGACCUUGGUUUGAACCCCACUCGGGCCCAAAUGUGGUCGUCAUACGUCCCGUAGGGGGAAGGCGAAACCACUGAGAAAGAGAAAGAUGUAUAUCCCAGUGGGCAAUGUGAAGUACUGGCUUGGGCACGGAGAGAGAGAGAGACACACACACUUCUAAGCUGUGUAAAUAGCAUGUGGUUUUGAAUGCGGGCCAGACGUGGAUUAAAACACAUUUAAAGCUGCACCGGGUGUGAGUUUAGAGCGACAACUCGGGAGAUUAACUCAUUUUAUUGCUUUUAAAUUUUCUUGCUGUUUUGGUUCUUUUCGCUGUGGUUUUUGCUUUCAGGGAGUGUAGUUCAUACCCUACAAGGUAUUCAAUUCUCGUUUUGUUUUUAAUUUUGUUGCUUUUUUUCUCCCUUUUUGCACCUUGUUUUACUAAUGCCUCUUUGUUGUAGUCUCUGGUUCAGAGCGCCUGUUUGCUUUGGCACGCGAGCCUCUCUGUGAAAUCGUAUAUAAAUGGUUAUCUAACGGACUUGCUUUUAGAUGUAUUGCUAAUCAGUGUAAAUUCACAAAUAAACUAUUUUAAGAAGCAAA